ACACGUAGAUAGAAUUAGUCAUUUUUUAUUUCUCAUGUUAAGAAGAGUUUUACUAACCGCAAACAACCUUUUUUCUUUUUGAAAUAAACUUGUUUUAAGAAUUUGAUGUAAUAUGAACUUUUGUUCUACCGGAAUUCUAAUAGAUCGGUACAAUCAGUAUCUUCUCUUUCUAGAAUGGGGAAUAAGUACCCUUUUCUUCUUCUUUUAAUUUCUCUUUCUUAGAACCGUACGUCCCUGAAGUUGAAACAGCUUUCUAAAGUUCCAAAUUUUAACCCAAAACCCAUCAAUCGCAAUCAAAAUCCAAUACCCGUCGCAAUGCCACCAGAAACUCGAUCAAAAAGAUUCGAUCUUUCCCUCAAUGAUGUCGUGGAGAAUGACAGGGAACCCAAAAAGCCUCGGAAAUGGCUUCAAUCAGGGGAAAUAUCGUAUUUUUCAUCAAAAGCAUGCAUGGAGAGGUACCAUUCUCGUUUUAUUUAUGGAGAAACUGUUCCUGGUAGGUCUAUUGAUUUGGGAUUUUUUAAUCAAGAAGGGUUUCAGCUUGGUAAAUGGUUUAAACAUAUGAAUUGGGUAUCUUUUAUUUUGAUAAAAGAAAAAUUCUAUCCCGAGUUAGUGAGGCAUUUUUAUGCAAAUUUAUCAUUUGAUGCUGAUAAAGCUCAGAUAAACUCUUUUGUUAAAGGAAAGGAAAUUAGGUUGAAUCAAAAGUCUCUAAAGAAGAUUAUUGGAAUUCCUAAUUUUGGUACUGAGAUUUAUGAGAAUGAUUAUAAAUGGGUGGAAAAUGAUGUUGGGAUUAGUAGAGUAGAAGCAUUUAAAAUGCUUCUUGAAAAUCCCGACUCUUCUGUAGUAUCUUCAAAGGUCGAUGCUUGUCACUUGAAAUUGGAAAUGAGAUUGCUUCAUCUUAUGGUAGUGCAUAUAAUACUGCCUAGAAAAAGGAGUUUGAAUUGUGUUUCUGAUAUGGAUUUGUUGGUUAUGUGGCAUAUUCUUAACGGUAUGGAUUUUAAUCUGCCAUUUGUUUUGUUAUCUCAUAUGGUUGCAUGCUCAGAAAAGAAAAAUGCAUAUCUGCCAUAUGGAAUGAUGCUUACAUUAAUCUUCAAGCAUUUUAAAGUUUCUCUUGAGGAAGAGGAGUGUAAGGAAUUGAAAAGUUCAGAUAUUUACAGUGAGGUUACUCUGCGUAAGAUGGGGUAUGUGAAGAGUGAAAAGGGCUGGUUUCUUAAAAAGGAUAAAGCUGUUGCUCAUCCAAUCUUAUCUCAGGAGAAUCUAAAUGUUAGUGAGAUUCAAGAUUCUCCCGCUACUCAACUUUCACUUGCUAUUUCAGCACCAGCUAAUUCACUGCCUGAUCCAAAUCCUGCAUCCUCUGCCCCUCCAUCUCCAAAUGUAGUUUUCUCUGCAGAGGAAGGACGAGCCCCAGAUAAAGCUCGGCAACCAAGUGUUGUUCAAGGUGUUUUCCUCCUUGUAAUAGCUAUGCAGGAAGACAUGAGGACUAUGACUAUGGGCUCCAAGUUGGAUGAUUUGCAAAGCAAGAUUGGGAAUUUGCGAUCCCUAAUUACUCAACUUGGAAUCAAACGGCAAGAGAGGACCAUUGCAGAUAUUUUUCUCCUCCUAGAGGUUAUUAUGGCAAACAUGAGGACUUUGCGCUCCAAGAUGGAUAAUUUUGGAAACAAGAUUGAUCAUUGGCAAUCCCAACUAAAUGAGUUUCUUAGGCAAAGCCAAGGUAUGGAACAAUUUGACAGAGAGUGCAUAGAACUGAUGGUUGCUGAGACAAUUACAUUUCAAGGACGAAACCGAGGUAUCAUACAUGACUUUGAAACCAUUCGUAGCGAAAUCCAGGAUGUUUGGGAUUGCUUAUCUUCUAACAUGUGAUAAGUGCUUCUCCGCCAGUUGAAUUUUUGCAUUUGGUAUAUUUUGGCUUAUUUAGCACAUUGGCUAGCUAGCGUAGGUAUUGUCUAACUUUUGGAUAUUUCCAUCUUUACUAGCCAUAUAAUUCUCGACAUAUUUCUGGUGGUUAUUUUGAAAUUCGACCAAAUGCAUUUGGAGUA